CUGUUGUCUUGACCUUUCCAUCUCCUGCGCUCAGGGCAUAUAAACUUCCCUCCCGAAGCAACGUCGCAUCCUGAGUGCUCAUCUCAACAAUGUGGUUCACAACAAUAUCAGACGUAAGCAUUUACAGUGACAUCGGAUAUGGUAACCCAGCAUGUAGCAGAUUGAUCAGUGAUGAUGCCCUUCCCUGUUAGGGUGGCAUCUUCUCCUCCCAUGGCCUCGGCAAGAUGGACGCCCUUCACCCAUUCGGCCUCGGCCAGACCACACCACCCGUUGGCCCAUUCAACACCGUCUCCCAAGUUUUCUUCUCCAGUGACGAGUCUGUCCUGUUCACAGAUGUCAAGGGCAACCCUCCUGCAAACAACACCGGCUUCAUCUCUGCGUUCCCAGUCAACCCCACCUCUCCCUGUGGAGGCGCAAUUUCAAGUCUAUCGAUGACCGAAACCCGCAGCUCCCCUGCCGGCACCGCUGUCCUGUUUGGUUCCGCGGCUAUCCCUGGCAGCACCUCACUCUUUGUGACAGACGCUUCCUUCGGUGCCGCCGUCCUCGCCGUUGACUCGAGCAUCAAGAGAUGUGCAAGAGACCCCGGAUUUUGCUCUUUUGGAGGAGGCCUGGCAUUGUGAUGGGAUUGAAGGCAAUUGAGAAUGAUCAAUAUUUUAGUGCUGAUAGGAGAGGAAAGGUGUCAUACUGACAUUCGUUGCACUCAGUUUGCUAUCAAACUCAAGAGCAAACUUAGAAAUCUCCUCAAAACCUACAAGUCACUAUACAUAUUUUGGCUUAUCACACCAACAACAAGAGCAAUACUACUCAACGAUUGCUA